AUGGAAAAAAGAGAAUAUACAAUAAACAUGAAGCAAGCUCUAGUGGCUGGUGGUAUAGCAGGAACAGCGGUUGACACAAUAUUAUAUCCAUUAGACACGAUUAAAACAAGAUUACAAUCAAAAUUGGGAUUAUACAAAGCAGGCAGUUUUCGUGGAAUAUAUUCAGGAAUAACUAGUGUAAUAAUUGGUAGUGCUCCUGGAGCAUCAGCGUUUUUUGUCACAUAUGAAUUUUUAAAAAAAGGUUUAAUAAAUAUGGAAGGAAAUUCUAAUAAAUCUCAUAAUGAUUAUAAAUUAAAAUAUUUACCAUUAAUUCAUAUGGUUGCUGCGUCAGGUGUUCCAACAGAAGUCAUUAAACAAAGAAUGCAAACUAAACAAUAUCAUUCAACACUAUUUGCUUUGAGAUCUAUAUUUCAACAAGAAGGAAUCCAAGGAUUUUAUCGCGGAUACUUGAGCACUGUAAUCAAUGAUAUUGAAAAUAUGUGUAUAGACGAUAUACCAUUCACCUGCAUACAAUUCCCACUAUAUGAAUAUUUAAAAGUUUUUACUGCACAAAUUACAAACCGAUCAAAAAUUGAACCUUGGGAAGCUUCUAUUUGUGGAUCAAUAGCUGGAGGUGUAGCAGCCGGACUUACUACGCCUCUGGAUGUAGUAAAGACUCGUGUGAUGUUAUCGGCAAAAAAUCAAAUUGUUCAUAAUUACUCUGGAGGAGUUGUUGAUACAUUCAAUCGAAUCAUAAAAGAAGAAGGCGCAAGAAAAUUGUUCUCUGGUAUUGGUCCUCGUGUUUUGUGGAUAUCAAUUGGAAGAAUAAAAAUACCAAGAAUUGAUGAUGAAAUUUCAUCAGAAUCAAUAAAAUAUAUUGAUGAAUUUGGUAAAUUUGUUGGUGAUAAAUCAUUAAAAUCAAUUUUAUCAUCUUUUGAUAGAUCUAAAUAUUAUUUGAUUGAAGUUAGCAACAACAUAAACAAUACCAAUAAUAAAUUAUCAGACGUUAAUAAUAAUAACUACAAUAAGUCAUCAACAUCAUCGUCUUAUUCACCAAUUUGUAAAUUGAUUGAUAAAAAAUCAUUCAAUAAGAAAUAUUUUAACGAAAAUCAAAAUUUAAGUAAUGGCAACAACAACAAUAAAGUUUAUAAAGAAUUAAAGGUUAGUUGGAAAGUUAGAGAGGAAGUUCUAUCAGACACAAUUGAUAAAGCAACCGAGUUUUUAAAAGAAGGCUAUGACUUGAAUAUUGUUAUAAGUCACAGUAGAAGUGUGAAUAGUAGUAAAUUGGUUGAUGUCAGCGGUGUGAUAGAAAAAAUUACAAAUGGUAUAAAAGAUUACGCUAAAGUUGAUGAAAAAUCAGUUGAAUGGACAGGUGGAUCCGUCAUUUUAAAGAUGGAAAAUAAAAUUGCACGCCAUGUAGAUAGUGGCAAAAAUAAAGGUGAUAUUGGGGAUGAAGAUGUUGGAAUCUAA